UAACACUUGAUCAUGGAACAUGGAAUAAGGCGCCAGCGACCGAAUCCGCUGCAGCAGCAGCAUCAGCCACAACCGCCUGGAGAGUCUCCAGGGCAAUGAAUCCCGCCGCGGCCAGGUUCUGUUUGCAAGAGGGAAGACCUGCUAGUGAUCUCCUUGACUACUGUUAGCGAGCAACUUUGGGUUGGCCUGAUUCCUUGGAGAGGAGACAGGAAGGAGAAGAUGGCCUGGCUGGGGUGUUGAACAGCCUGAGUGCGCCCUCCCUGCCCUGCUGUGCCUGGACUGCUUGCUCUUGGGAAACUGACAAUGACAGGAUCUGGCUCCAAUGCUUCCCGCAGCGCCCACCCCAAAGGAGAUAAGGGGGGCCGCUCCAGGAGCACUCACGCCCGGCCUGUCAGUACAGCCAACAAUGGGGGCUCAGAAGAGGAAGACAAAGAUGGAGGGGUGCUUUUCCUGGUCAACAAAAGUGGCUUUCCUCUUGAUGGGCAAACCUGGGAAAGGAUGUGGGGGCACGUGGCCAAAGUGCACCCCGCAGGUAGAGAGAUGGUAGCCACCAUCAGGAAUGCAGACUGCCUUCCAAAACCUUCAGUGCCGGCCGUGCCAAACUACAAGACGUCCAUGACUAUCCCAGAAUGGCUUCAGGCAAUACAGAAUUACAUGAAGAUGCUGCAAUACAAUCACACAGGAACUCAAUUUUUUGAAAUUAGAAAAUCAAGACCUUUAAGUGGGUUGAUGGAAACAGCAAGAGAAAUGACCAGGGAAUCUUUACCUAUCAAAUGCCUUGAAGCAGUUAUCUUGGGGAUAUACUUAACCAAUGGACAGCCUUCCGUGGAACGAUUCCCAAUCAGCUUUAAAUCCCACUUCUCAGGGAAUAAUUUUCAUCAUGUGGUGCUUGGAAUUUAUUGCAAUGGCCGAUAUGGAUCACUGGGCAUGAGCAGAAGGUCUGAACUGAUGGACAAGCCUUUGAUCUACCGAACUCUGAGUGACCUCAUAUUUGAAUUUGAAGACUCCUAUAAAAAGCACUUGCACUCGGUUAAAAAAGUAAAAAUUGGAUUGUAUGUCCCACAUGAGCCGCACAGCUUUCAACCCAUCGAGUGGAAGCAGUUGGUGCUCAAUGUAUCAAAGAUGAUGCGGUCGGAGAUCAGGAAGGAGUUGGAAAAAUAUGCCAGAGAUAUGAGAAUGAAGAUUUUAAAACCCGCAAGUGCCCAUUCUCCAGUCAAGCAGAGAUCACGAGGGAAAUCCCUGUCACCUCGGAGGAGACAAGCCAGCCCUCAGAGACGAGCAUUCAGAAGAGACAAAUCGAGACACCUGGAUCCUAUUGAACUGGCUGGAAUCUUCAGGCCUGCUGUGAUGGAUAAGAAGGUGGGUGACUUCUCUACACUGAAUGAAGUAGGCUAUCAGCUACGCAUCUGACAGAACCAGAGGCGGACACGAUGGCUUCCAGGGUGCUUCUUACUGCACUUUACCCUGUGAUCUGUGGACCUGGGGGGAGGGGUGGGGGUUGCGACUAUUGAUGAUGAGCAGAAGGAUUUUAUUUAAGACUUCACCUAGAAGUUAAGAAUCCUAGAAGUUGAUGGUGGUAUUAUUGUUAUUAUUUUUAAGUCCAUGAAGUGGAAUCAAGAAAAAGGGAAAUUAAGAAUUCUUAUCACCUCUGAUAAUGUUAUUAAUCUCCAUCCAGUUAAAAGGGGUGGUAAUGUGGCGUGGCUUGGUUUUGUUUGGAUUGAAACAAUUGUUUCUAUAAUGGCUAUUUUUCAUUGGCUUAGAGCAUUUUGUGAUGUCUGUAGGAUUUAGGAAUGGAGAUGAUGAAAGUGUAUUCCUUGAUAGUGUUCAAAAGGUGCUGGGGGGCAGUAGGUUGCAAGUCAAUGACACAGUAAGACAGGAGCUUCCUUUGUGAAAAUUCCAUUAGGGAUGAAUUGGAUUUGCAAAAGUCCUGUUGGUGUCCGGGGUGUUCAACAUGGGAGAUGUAGCUAGCAGACUGGGUCCUGAGCCCAGUAAUAAUGUGACAUUCAGCAAUAAAAAAAGCAGCAGUCUAGAGGGUGUGAGAGUUUUUUUUCAAAGUAUCAAUAUUACCUCAAGAAUCUUUACAAUAGAUAUGCAAAACUGACAGUAUUUUAAUUUUGUAACGGAUUUGUACUGUGUUCCCAGCUUUUCUGAUCGCACUGGCUGUAUUGCACCCUCUCUGACCUACCCAUUCCGCCUUAUUCUUCUUAUGUGCAUGUGUAUGAAGGAACUGAAAGUGUAUUAUAUGCAAGUGUCUUCUUAAAAGCACUGAAGUCUUUAUGUUAGGGAUACAGCAAACUGUUAAUUUUCCACCUAAAAAAAGAAAUUGACAAUGCUUUUCUUUUUUAGUGAUUUUAAAAAUAAUUUAUCACAGACUUUUAACCUUCACAGGCUAGUCUUUAAGCACAAGUGGAACAAUCCAACGGCUCCAAUGUGCAUAUGAGCUCUCCAGUUCACAGAGAGUUCUACACAUGCAAUGGCUGCCCCAUUAUCUUUUUGGAGUGUUCUGCCCAUGCGGGGGGAAUUCUCUGUUGUGCAUUCUCUGAUGUAGAAAAAAUGGGGACCGCUACAUGUGUAUUGAAUUUGAUGUGCAUGAUGGAGCUUUGGAUCAUACCGAAGAAACCGAUCGUUUUGUACAGAUAAACAUUGUAAUAAUAGUCAGAUCAUGUGUGUUGAACAUUCUUAAAAAUAAUGUCAGAAUCUGUGGGCUUCCCUUAAGAACGUACUUUUCUUCUUCUGUUUAUAUGCCUGUAUUUUUUGAAAUAAUGUGUUCAAAAGCAUUGAUAUUCCAAGGCGAUGAUGUCUUGUCAUCUUAUAUUAAGAUCAGACAUCCUGCAUGAAUUGAUGACUAACGUGUUUGGAGAAGUGGCCCUUUAUACGGAUUAUGGUCAAAUAAAAAUAAAUGAAGAGAUUACUCCUUAGCCAAGGAAAGGUAUCUGAGAGCACAGCAAUAAUAUCUUGCUUUUGUACAAAGGAUGUUCACUCUAUAACUGGAGUAGUCUGCUUAUUGGUAGUUUGGAGAAUAGCAGGCCACCAGAUUCCUGUAGCUUGAUGCUGAUGUAACACAAUGGAUCCCUUAAACACGAUGAACAGCUGCCCUUUUGCAUGCAUCUCUACCCUUCUCCUUUUCCUCACUGGACCAAUUUCCAACGCCCCUCCCGUUCUGAUAUUCGCCAUCAUUUUGUAUACAUGUGCACUGCUGCAAAUCAUUGGAAUUGCAAGCAAAGUUCCCUCAGAAACAUUGACUGAAAAUCCACUUCAUAAUUUCAGCCCUGGUUUACAAGAGAACCAUGACUUCAAUUGGUGCACAGGUAAUAUGAAGCCAUGGCUAGCUGUGCAAGUAAAGGGAGUGGUGCAAUUGCUCCUGCUCUCCGAGGUACAGUUAAGAAAGCAGUGUUACAUCUACUCUGAACCUCUUAUUUAGAGUAAUAGUCAGGUCUGCUGCAGUCUCCUCCAGCAUAGUGUACAAAGCUGAGGCCCAGCAGAAGGGAAGACGAGGGAGGGGCUCAGUUGACUCCUGGUGCAAAGAAGAGGGUGAUUCAUGUCCUUGGUUAGGGCGUGUAAUUGCAUUCCAUCAAAACCCAACUUCUUAUUGGAAAGCUAAAGUGAGGAUAAUGUUUUUUAAAAGAAAAAGUAAGUGAUGCAUUCACUGAAUGCUGACAUGCAUGUUUUCCCCUAUCACAGUUGGUUAAUCUUUGGUGAAAUGCAAAUAAUAUUUGGGAUCAUUAAAAAGUGAACCAUAAUAUAUGUCUCUAACAGAAAUAUUU